AUGAGGUGGCAGUUGACGAUCUUGUGGCUCUUCGUUUUGGUGUCUUCCGCACCUGUGAUAAGGUUGCGCCGUCAAAUAGUGACCCCUAAGCACUUCAUGGAACCCCUUUGGCCGCCCAUCUUACAGGAAAAGGUAAUAAUAACCCCCCAGAAGCUGAGAGAGGUGGCUGACCUGAGGGCCAAGAUUCAAAAGGCCGUCGAUGAAGACACAUACGUGGUGGCCGCUUCGCCUUCCCAGGAUUUUCUAGCCAGCCUUGGUGGAAAUUGGCCAGCGCCUUUAUCCCUGCGCCAGCCCUGGAUUGCGCCAGGAUUUAACUUUACUUUCCUUUGGCCCAGAUUUGGCUGA